AUGGACGGCUCCGGCUCCGGCUCCGGCAGACUUAUCGGCUCCGAGAUUCAUGGAUUCCAUACCUUGCAAGAUCUUGAUGUGCAGACAAUGUUGGAGGAAGCAAAAAGCAGGUGGUUCCGGCCAAACGAGAUCUACGCAAUCCUCUCUAACCCUAAAUACUUCACCAUCAAUGUCAAACCAAUGAACUUACCAAAUAGUGGCAGAGUUAUAUUGUUCGAUCGUAAGAUGCUGAGGAACUUCAGAAAGGAUGGUCAUAACUGGAAAAAGAAAAAAGAUGGAAGGACCGUUAAAGAAGCUCACGAACGCCUGAAAGUUGGUACCGAGGAAAGGAUUCAUGUGUACUAUGCGCACGGUGAAGACAACACUACCUUUGUUCGAAGGUGUUAUUGGUUACUAGAUAAGGAUCGAGAGAACAUCGUCCUUGUACAUUACCGUGAUACACAUGAGGUAGCUACGACAUCAGGGGACUCAAACUCUCCAAACUCCGUCUCUAAUAAUUCAUCCCCAAAUCUUGUGUCAGCUGAGGAAUUUAAAUUUCAAGCUGAUAACUCAAGUUAUCUAGCAACCAACAACACUCCAGCUGUGAGAAAUCAUGAUAAUAGGCUUCAUGAGAUCAAUACGCUUGAUUGGGAUGAUCUGCUAGUACAAACUGAUCUUGACAACCAAUCUGCACCAAUCGUAGAUGAUUUGCCAUACUUCACAGAACAGCUCCAGAAUGCUGCAAAUGGCUCUGUAGAGCAUGUGAAUGUGGCUGAUGAAUCUCUUGAUGCUUUGCUUAACAAUGGUCCACAAAGCCGAGAGAGUUUUGGAAGGUGGAUGAACUCAUUCAUCAGCGACUCUAAUGGUUCUCUGGAGGAUCCUACCUAUGGAGCCAUGGCUACACUUGAGAACGAGCCAUUUCAUCCUCACUCGAACAUGCCUGAGCAAGUGUUCAACAUAACAGAGGUUUCACCUACUUGGGCUUAUUCCUCAGACAAAACAAAGAUUCUGGUAACUGGCCUCUUGCACAACAGUUAUCAACAUCUUGGAAGCUCAAACCUUUUCUGCGUUUGUGGCGACUCUUGUGUCCCUGCGGAAUAUGUCCAGCCUGGAGUCUACCGUUGCUUCAUACCUCCUCACUCACCAGGGAUGGCGAACCUCUAUCUUAGUGCAGACGGACUCAAACCACUCAGCCAAUCUUUCACCUUCGAACACCGGUCACCACCAGUUCCUGACAAGACUGUCCCUGAAGAUGAUGAAGAAUCCAAAUGGGAAGAGUUUGAGGUCCAAGUCAGACUUGCUCAUCUUCUCUUUACAUCUUCCAACAAACUCAACGUCCUCUCCAGCAAAAUCUCACCACCAAACCUCCAAGACGCUAAAAGACUCGCCAGCAAAACUUCUCACCUCUUAAACAGCUGGGCUUAUCUAAUGAAGUCCAUACAAGGGAACAAAGUGUCGUUUGAUCAAGCGAAAGAUCAUAUCUUUGAGCUUACUCUGAAGAACAGGGUUAAGGAAUGGCUUAUGGAGAAAGUUCUUGAAGGUCGUAGCACACUUGAUUAUGACUCUAAAGGCCUCGGUGUGAUCCACCUCUGUGCCAUUCUUGGAUACACUUGGUCUGUCCAGCUCUUCUCAUUGUCAGGUUUAUCGUUGAACUUCCGUGAUAAACAAGGAUGGACUGCUCUUCAUUGGGCUGCUUACUAUGGAAGGGAGAAAAUGGUGGGUGCUCUACUCUCUUCUGGGGCGAGACCGAACUUGGUGACAGACCCGAGGAAAGAUAAUCUUGGAGGAUGCACGGCGGCUGAUCUUGCACAGCAAAACGGGUUUGAUGGUUUAGCUGCUUACCUUGCUGAGAAAUGUUUGGUAGCUCAGUUUAUAGACAUGAAAAUCGCUGGAAACAUUAGUGGGGACCUUGAGGCUUGCAAGGGGGAGAUGUCAAGCGGAGGCUCUCUCCCAGAUGAUGAGCAGAAUCUUAAGGACGCUUUGGCUGCGUACAGAACAGCCGCAGAAGCAGCGGCUCGGAUACAAGGUGCGUUUAGGGAAAAGGCGUUGAAGAUUCAGUUUGCUAACAAAGAAGAAGAAGCUAAAGGGACAAUAGCGGCGAUGAAGAUUCAGCAUGCGUUCCGCAAAUACGACACGCGUAGGAAGAUGGAAGCUGCUUGCAGGAUACAGUGUAGGUUCCAAACUUGGAAAAUGAGAAGACAGUUCUUGAAUAUGCGGCAUCAAGCAAUUAGGAUCCAGGCUGCUUUCAGGGGGUUACAAGCAAGGAGGCAGUACAAGAAGAUAUUAUGGUCGGUGGGAGUGUUGGAGAAGGCAAUAAUAAGGUGGAGACUAAAGAGGAAAGGGUUUAGAGGACUACAGGUUGCUGGAGAGGAGGAUCCUCCAGGUGAGGAAGAGGAAGAUUUCUACAAGACGAGCCAGAGACAAGCAGAGGAGAGGCUCGAGAGGUCUGUGGUCCGGGUCCAAGCCAUGUUCAGGUCUAAGAAGGCUCAACAGGAUUACAGGAGGAUGAAACUCACUCAUGAAGAAGCUCAGUUGGAGUACGAUUACGAGCAAGAUCUUUGA